AUGGCCACUACCCACGUAAUCGGCUCGUCCAACCCCGGCGCUCACCUCACUUCCUCGGGGAGCCAUUCGUCGAGCUCGAGCAACAUUGUUGGUGUCCACUACAAAGUAGGGAAGAAGAUUGGAGAGGGAUCUUUCGGUGUCAUCUUCGAAGGGACAAACUUGCUCAACUCGCAGACCGUCGCCAUCAAGUUUGAACCGCGAAAGUCGGAUGCCCCCCAGCUUCGAGAUGAGUACAGGAGCUAUAAGAUUCUUAGCGGAUGUCUCGGCAUCCCCCAGGUGUACUACUUUGGCCAGGAAGGGUUGCACAACAUCCUCGUCAUCGACCUGCUCGGGCCUUCUCUGGAGGACCUCUUCGACAUGUGUGGUCGGAAGUUCUCAGUCAAAACUUGCUGCAUGACCGCUAAACAGAUGCUGUCACGGGUCCAGACCAUCCACGAGAAGAAUUUGAUCUACCGAGAUAUCAAGCCCGACAACUUUUUGAUUGGCAGGCCUGGUACCAAGGGCGCCAACGUCGUCCAUGUCGUCGAUUUCGGUAUGGCCAAGCAAUACAGGGACCCCAAGACUAAGCAGCACAUUCCGUACAGAGAGCGGAAGAGUUUGAGCGGAACUGCCCGUUAUAUGAGUAUCAACACUCAUUUGGGCCGAGAACAAUCACGUAGAGAUGACCUUGAGGCUCUCGGCCACGUCUUCUUCUACUUUCUUCGAGGCGGUCUCCCCUGGCAGGGUCUCAAGGCUGCCACCAACAAGCAAAAGUACGAGAAGAUUGGAGAGAAGAAACAGACUACCCCCAUCGCUGAGCUUGUCGAGGGCUACCCUAACGAGUUCUCCAUCUACCUCAACUAUGUCCGAAAGUUGACUUUCGACGAGACUCCCGACUAUGACUUUUUGAGGGGCUUAUUUGAUCUGGCGUUGAGCAACAGCGGGGAGAUCGAUGACGGAUUGUACGACUGGAUGGUCUUGAACAAUGGCCAAGGAUGGGAGGCUUCAGGACGUCAAUCUUCUGCCCAGGCCGAAGUCGCCCGACACAACACUCGUGGUCGUGACAGGGAAUACAGGGAUAGAGUCGACAAGCUCAGAAAUAGCUCCGCUGCUCAGCCAUCUCCUCUGAAAUCGGGCCAAGCUGGUACUGCUCUUCCCAAUGCUAGCAACCAGGCUAUCGUCGGUGUAUCCGCUCCCAGCCCGUUGCCUCAAUCGCGACGACAGUCUCAGCAAGGUGGGCAUCCGUUUGCGUCUGCAAAGGCAUCGCACGGUGAAAGGAAUGAGACGUAUGACCCGUCAAACAUAGCUGUCCAAUCCCAAGCCGGUCUCCAGCCUAUCAGCCCUAUGAAUGUCAACUCUCGAGGCGGCAACACUGCUGCCAACUCUCAGCAAGUGGGCGAGACGGACUAUCGACAGGAGCCCAAGGGAGGCAAUGGCUUCAUCAAGUUUAUCACUUGUGGUUGUUUCCGAUAG